UAGCAGUUCCAGUCAUGCGGUUGCAUUUUUCUCGGCAGGUGGCCCAUCACUUUCGCAAGAAGUUGCUGACGGUGGAAUCAGUGUCCAAUCAGCCUGUCCUCUGAACACGGUGUGGCUUCGUGAUAUGUUCAAGUUAGGAUAUAGAGAAGACUUGGAAAUAAAAGACUUGUAUGAUGAACUUCAGGAACAUAGAUCAGACUUCCUAGGAAACAAAUUAGAGAAGUUAUGGAACCAAGAGCUACAAAGAGGGAAAACAUGGGACAGGGGACCCAGUUUGUUCCGAGUUCUGGCUAGAUGCUUUGGUGUUAACGCCGCGUGGCUUGGACUGACCAUGAUUUUCUGUGAGUUCUUCUUUAGAAUGAUGCAGCCAAUCUUUCUGGGGGGCCUGAUCUGGUACUUCUCUCCAGGUGGUGGGAUAGGUCAUGAUACAGCUUAUCUGUAUGCUGCUGGUAUUGUUGUGUGCUCCACUUUCAGUGUCUUUGCCAUGAACCCGAUAUGGCUGGCUGCAUACCAUGCUGGUAUGAAAAUACAUGUCGGUAUCUGUUCAUUAAUCUACAGAAAGACACUGAGACCGAGUAGAACAGCCCUGGGAGAAGCAACUGUGGGUCGGGCAGUGAAUCUCCUGUCAAAUGAUGUGUCCCACUUUGAUAGCAGCUUCUUGUUCCUUCCUUUUCAUGUGAUUGGUCCAGUGGAGACAGCAGCAGUAGUUUACUUGAUGUGGACUAAGAUUGGUAUCUCAGCAAUCAUUGGGGUUGCGACUCUUCUGCUGUUCAUACCAGUGCAAGCUGGAUUUGGGAAGAUGAUAUCAACAUUACGCACGUGCACGGCAAGAAGAACAGACGAGCGCAUCAAAUUCAUGAAUCAGAUCGUUGUUGGUAUCCAGGUGAUCAAGUUGUAUGCCUGGGAGAAGCCAUUUGCACAUCUCAUUGCUCUUGCGCGCAAGCAUGAAAUCAAAGCUAUCGGGGCAUCAUGCUUCGUGAUGGGUUUGCUCUCCUCAUUCGGACGGUUUGGAACCAAGCUUGCCCUAUUUGCCAGCAUAGUCUCCUAUGUUCUCCAUAAUGGCAGACUCACAGCAGAAGAGAUGCAGUGGAUGGAGUCCUGGUUGGAUUUCCAUUGCAGCUGUUGGAGCUCAUUGCUCCCAUAAUUCCCAAGCAGGCCAUCCUUUGCAGUUUGCUUAGUUCAGCCUGACUUGUUGUGGUGAAGAGGAAUAUCACAUACGCUCGUGGAUUUUGUUGCUGGGUGGCAACUGUCCCGAACCCUGGGUGAAGGUUCCUUUGGAAAAGGUUCGGGAGAGCAAGUCGCAAUGAAAGAGAUCGACUUGGAGAAACAUUCAGGUGCACAAAGCAGCGUACAAGAAGAGGUGUUCAUCCACAGAAUGGUGAACCAUCUGAACAUCGUCCGGUUUUACGGACAUCGCCACGAAGGAAACCUCAAGUACAUCUUCCUUGAGUCUCUGUCAGGAGGAGACCUCUUUGACUGCAUAACUGAACCUGAUCGUGGCAUAACAAACUCAGCAGGUCAGAGAUAUUUCAAUGAGAUACUUUCAGGAGUGGUGAGUGAAGUCUAUCUUUCUCUAAUAUGGUAUGCUGCGGAUAGGAAUUUGUAUGUCUAAGAUUCUAAAGUGUUCUGAUUAUGGUGUAUAACACUUGUGAUUACUGGGUUUUUGGACUUUACCCAUCAUCUGGUACUGUGAAGAGCACAUUUCAGAAAGUCGAUUACCCCAGUAAUCCCAAGACUUGUUUAUCUGUAGUAUUAUCUUUACAAAAUGCAUUCACGCAUAUUAAACCUUGUGUAAUUAAAUUUU